CUUACACGGCUGUACUUUCCGGGACGGCAGGGGCGUGACCUUCACCGUCAGGGGCGGAGCCUGGCAGCCCAGUCUAACCCCAACUGUACGGCACCGCGACCCCCUAAGCACAUGGCGCGGCACGUGUUCCUCACCGGGCCUCCAGGGGUUGGCAAAACAACCUUGAUCCAGAAAGCCAGCGAGGUCCUGCAGUCCUCCGGGGUGCCCGUAGAUGGAUUUUACACUCAAGAAGUCAGGCAGGGAGGGAGGAGGAUCGGAUUUGAUGUCGUCACCCUGUCUGGCUCUCGGGGGCCUCUGUCCAGAGUUGGGUCACAGCCUCCACCUGGAAAGCCUGAGUGCCGAGUUGGGCAGUAUGUGGUGGACCUGGCUUCUUUUGAGCAGUUGGCACUACCUGUCCUAAGAAAUGCAGGUCCCAGCGGCGGCCCCAGGUACCGUGUGUGCAUCAUUGAUGAGAUUGGGAAGAUGGAGCUCUUCAGCCAGCCUUUCAUUCAGGCAGUCCGCCAGAUGCUGUCCACACCGGGCACUGUUGUCCUUGGCACCAUCCCAGUCCCCAAAGGGAAGCCACUGGCCCUGGUGGAGGAGAUCAGGAACAGGCGUGACGUGAAGGUGUUCAGUGUCACUAAGGAGAACCGAAAUAGCCUCCUGCCGGAUAUUGUGACCUGCGUGCAGAGCAGCAGGACCUGAAGCAGCAGGCGACCGGGUUCAGCUCUGCCUGCUGGUUAUUGCCCACCCAGGUUUGCUACCUCUCUGUCAAUGGGCCUUGUGCCCUCUGUCCAAGAGAGCUGGGCAGCUGCUUUCCAUAAAAUGUGGGUGAGAUCAGAUCAGCCCAGUGCCUGCUGGGCCGUGCAUAGUGAAGAGUGCACUGUGUCUUACGUAUGCUCAAGAGUUCUGUCUAUUUCCCUUUGCAGCUGUGCGUGUGAUCUGAGUAAAUUCGAAGUGAACGUGUCAAGUAUUAGUGGAGUUUGCUCCCGUCGGGGUUUCUGGAUGUGUUUGGGGCUGGGGAGAGGAGUUCACUUCUUCACUGACUUUACAUGCUGUGGAUAGUAAAUACCUCUCCAGGUGCAGCUCCAGACUCCUGCAGCUGAAGACAGUAACGACAACUUGAUUCUCUUCGUUAUUUCCAAGGAAAAGCAUAUUAGUUCCGCUCUUCAUCUCUCGUUUAUUCCUUUCUUUAUUGCCUAAUAAAACUGGAAAUAAG